AUGACUGCGUCAGAAGACAUCUCCGAUACAAGGCAUUCGAUCGGAACUGGAAACAUGGAGAAAGAACAAACUCAUGUGCCAUCAAACCAUGUUGAGAAGGUUACUUCAAGCCAAGAUGUGGAUAUAAAAUUGGCCAGCGAGUCUGAGGAGAUCUUCUUUACCGAAGAAGAAGCAGCCCGUGUCAAGAGAAAGAUAGACUUCAUCAUCCUGCCUCUUCUGUGUGGCUGUUACAUUUUCUCUUUUCUAGACAAGACUCUCAUCAACUAUAGUUCAAUCUUUGGCUUCAAACAGGCGCUCCACCUCCAUGGCUCACAAUACAGCUGGUUGGGAAGCAUCUUUUAUAUCGGUUACAUGAUCGGGUCGAUGGCGUGGGCCAGGCUUGUUCACAAAUGGCCGCAACACACGGGGAAGCUCAUUACCGCAGCAGUGCUGGCGUGGUCAAGCAUCGUGUUACUUACACCUUUAUGCUUCAAUUUCGCCGGCAUCAUGGCGGCACGUUUCUUUCUUGGACUAGUGGAAAGCAUCAUAGGGCCAGUCUUUGUCAUUGUCACGAGUAACUGGUGGACUCGACGAGAACAAGCAUUCAGGACUGCCUUCUGGCUUGGUGGGACUCCGAUUGGAAAUUUCUUCGGUGGUAUUCUCUCAUACGGCCUUGGCUCAAUUCAUAGCUCAUCAAUUGCCACAUGGAAGAUAUUCUUCCUCUUCUUUGGAUCUUUUAGUUUUGUAUUUGCGCUGAUUCUUGCAUAUCUUAUGCCCGACAACUACUCCAAUGCGAGGUGGCUCACUCCGCGCGAGAGAGAGGUAGCAAGGGACAGAGUGAGAGAGAACCAGACUGUCUCCACUGACAAUCAUUGGAAAUGGUCUCAGUUCUGGGAAGCAUUGAGAGAUCCUCAAACCAUCUUCUUCUUUGUAACCGUGGUUGGCAACACGAUGCCCUCGACAUUUGCCAGCCAAUUUUCGAGUCAAAUCGUACAAGGCUUUGGCUUUACAGCUUUGCAAACGACGGUUAUUUCUGCGUGUCCGGCUGCUGUGAUUCAGCUUGCGUCCAUACCACCCUUAAUUGGCGCGUCUCUGCUUCAUUCGCUACCCGAAAGCAACCGAGCUGGUCGCCUCGCAGGAUACUAUCUUACCUUCACGCACACAAUGUCUUUUACUCUCAGCACCGGAUUGAUGGCUUCCAAUUACGCGGGAAACACGAAGAAGUCGACUGCGUCCGGUAUCAUAUUCGCAGGAUGGGCCGCUGGACUCAUUGCAGGUCCUCAAUUCUUCCUCGAUAGCCAGGCGCCGGUAUAUGACUUGGCCUUCAGAAUGCUCAUGGGCUGUUAUGCUUUGAUGAUCAUUAUCCCGAUUUUGCAGUACCUCUGGUACAAACAUGAAAAUAAUCGACGAGAUCAGAAGCUUGCUAGAGAUGGUGGUGGCCCGGAUGAAGUCCUCAGAACCGAUUUCAGUGACAAGACAGACUUCGAGCGGUGGCAGACAUUCAGGUAUACGUUGUAA